ACAUCAACACCGCUGUAAAGUCGCAACAAAAGGGGAGCUGCAGUGAACUGAGUGAACUGCUGAGCUUUGACGUUGAGGUAAUCAUCUCUGUGUGAAAAUAAUACUGACUGGGAUUUACAGUAACAGAUGGGAUCGAUUUAAAGACCAACGCUUGUUAUUGUGCAUGUAUUUGAAGAUGUUCACUAGGCUCCAUUUUAAAACCUGAGAAUCACAAGCCUUUAGACCUCAUAAUAAGACCUUAUAAUGGAAUCAACAGAGGUCCGACUGUGCUAUUACCCAAAACCUCCACAAACUCCUGCUGGCUCACAGCUUUGCGGAGAUGUGCAGACAGAAACUUGUACAGAUUCAGAUGGAGGGACAGGCUCUGUGGGACAUAUCAACCAUGUGGCCCAUCAAAGAUGUAUAAAAAAGGAAGAACCUGAAGAGGAAGGCUAUGUCUAUGAAGCAGCAUCAGGUUCUGUGGAACUCAUCACACCUGUGGACCACCACAUACAUGUAAAAAAGGAAGAACCUGAAGAUGAAGACUUUCUCUAUGGAGAGGCAUCAAGCCCAGUGGAAAACAUAGACCAACAGAACAGAGGAUUUGAAAUGAAGUAUUUAAAAGAGGAAGUGUCUGAAGAUGAAGACUACCUCUGUACAACUACAGUCUGUGAAAUGAAUGAUGCCCAGUUACAAGUCUUCACCUGCUCCUGGUGUUCACUAUCCUAUACUUCUCAAAUUUACCUCCACAAACACAUCAGAAGAUACCACUAUAAGGAAUACGACGGACUGCUAAAAUCAGGAGAGAUAAAAGAUGAGAAUCUUAUGACUACAAGAAGCUCCAGUAUUCAGGAAACUAAUACUGGUACUGUCAGCAGCAACACCUCUAAUCGACGAUUGCAGAAAGAAAUCUAUCCUUGCUCAGAGUGUGGGAGGAGUUUUACUGAUCAGAGUAAUCUGCGACGUCACCAGCGCAUUCACACAGGAGAAAAGCCACAUCACUGCUUGCAGUGUGGAAAAAAUUUUAUUCGACAGAGUGAUCUCCAAAUACACCAGCGUGGUCACACAGGAGAGAAGCCGUAUCACUGCUCACAGUGUGAAAAGAGUUUUACAACCAAGGGCAACCUCCAAAUACACUACUCGGUUCAUACAGGAGAGAAGCCGUACCAUUGUCCAGAGUGUGGGAAGAGUUUUGCCCAGCAAGGUAAUCUCCAACGACAUCAGCGCAUUCACAAUGGAGAAAAGCCGUAUCACUGCUCACAGUGUGGGAAGAGUUUUAAUCAGCAAAGUACUCUUAAAGCACACCAGUUUAUUCACACAGGACAGAAGCCGUAUCACUGUUCCGAGUGUGGGAAGAGUUUUGCCCAACACAGUAAGCUCCAAAGACACCAGCACAUUCACAAUGGAAAAAAAACUUGCCACUGCUUACAGUGUGGGAAGACUUUUACAACCAAGGGCAAUCUCAUACAACACCAGUGCAUUCACAUAGCUGAGAAAACAUUUCAGUGCGUACAGUGUGGACGAAGAUUUACUAAUUCAUCCACGUUUAACAUCCACAAUUGCUCUAACAUGGAGCCAUCACUUUAAUGUUUUUAUUACUGUGUCCAAGGAAGCAACUGCCCUACCCUAAUACUAACUAUGAUGUAUUGUUUAAGCUGUGUGUGUGUGUGUGUGUGUGUGUGUGUGUGUGUGUGUGUGUGUUAUAUAUUAUUAGAAGAUACUCUGAGGUCAGCCUAACUUAACUGAUUUUUAAGGUGCUUUUCUUCUAUUUCUAUUUUCUUCUCUUUAUGCAGUUUUGCAUAUAAUGCUGUACAAUUCUGAAAAUGGAUUCUAAAGUAAUUGAAUCAGACCCAAACAUUGUGCCAACAGAGCUGUACCGCUGUUUCAUAGCUAGCAAAUGGAGUCUUGGGCCUGAUUCUCUACAGUUCUUAAAAUAUUCUAAAUUAACUGAAACAUUCUGAAGUACCACGGUUCUACCAGAUUAAUAGUUGUAUCACUGUACAAUGUGGUAAAUUUAUAAAAAAAAAAAAUUAAAAAUUAAAAAAAAAUAUAUAUUUUUUUACAAAAUAUAGUAUGUAUUAAAUUGUUUCUCAGUCAAGUAAAAAAAUCAAGUUCUCAGUAUAUGAGGUGUGCGAGAAAGAUACGCCUGGCAAGUUGCCAGUCACUGUAUUAUGAAGUUGCCAUAGUAACAUUUAUCAGUGAGUGGUGCAACCAGCAUUCCACUUUUGACGACAAACCAAUAUUCUUACUGUUAAAAUUAAACAUUCUGGAGGGAGAAUGUUUGUAUAUGAAUGAGAAGCAAUGUGUGCUCUUUGUCAGUGUGAAAGCGCAAGCGCCGGACUGUUUUGGUCGAUGAAACAAUUCGGACUCGCAGGCACAGUGGCGGAUGCUGUAUUGUUUUCAGGCCCAUUGGUAGUCACUGCACCAAGUUGCUCCAAAUUUGCAUAAAGUUAAACAUUCUCAACUUUGUUGCAACGCUGGACACGCCCACAUCUAGUAACUGUUGCUGUUGCUUAUAUCGCCGGAAGUCGGCAGCUCUAGUUGAAAAUGAAUGGUCCCCGGUCGCUUUGUCACUGCAAGUCGCUGUACAUGUGAAUGUACCUUGUGUAGGCAACAGGGAACCAGCUCCUGCUCCAUAUACACUGAUGCAGUUAACACUUGUUACUGGUAACAGAAUGCUCCAGCAGGAGGCACUGUGAACAUUAACCCCACCAUAAACUCACAACAGAACAAGAAGAGCUGCACUUUCCUUCCCCCCAAAUGUAAGUUUUGGUGUUUAUUUGAACAGUUUAGCUUUCUCACUGAGGUAAUCAACACUACAUACAUAUACUCCUGACUGGUGUUUUGAUAGGUUUUAAAAUAAAGCUUGUUAUUGUGUCUGUGUUUGAGGAUGUUCGCUGCAUUCUACUUUAAAACCUGAGGUAAGUAAAACUCUGAGAUGUGUUGCUAGCAGAUAGUGGCUGAAUCCCAAAUGGCUCCCUAAUUCCUUCAAAGUGCAGUAUAUAGAGAAUGAUACAGUGGCAUAUUCAGAGGAGACAUUUGGGAUUCUGUCUUGGUAAAAACAUUUGGUUAAAUGAAUUCAAAGGACAUGUAAGUUAAAUUGUUUGUAUGCAAUCUUUCAGCUUAUUAUUAGUGAUGUGUGUUUUAAACUUCAAAGUUGUAGUUAUUAAUAACAACACAAUAUGGCUAAUAAUUAUCUAAAUCCAGCUACUAAUGAUUGUCUGAUGCCUGGUCUUUAGUUAAAUAUUUAGCAAUUAAAAUAUUAACAAUAUAAAGGACAGUGUGAUUUUUUUCAUAAAUUUGGAACAACUAAAAUGACUGUGAUUAUCAUUUUACUGUACAUUUUAUAUUUUAGCUGUUAUUUUACACAAUUAUGCAAUUAUUUUAAUGGACCAAAACUUCUGAUAACUGAAUGAUCAGAUGGAGUAAUUUUGUAUAGUCUGAAAUUAUCAAGAUGAUCCUGAAGGAUCUUAUCAUCCCAGCUCUAUAAAGGUGUACAUUGUAAUGAAAAUAUGUACUUUCGGAUCCAUAACCCAAACAAACCUGCAGAAAGUCACAGACAACCAAUAACUCAAACUGAAUUCGUUACCUCAAGGAGUAAUUUGGAUAGUUGAACUAAAUUUACUGUUCUUUUCACAUUCACUUCUUGAAUUCUAGGGGUAUCUGUUGUAGUUUAUUAAAUAAGUAUGAUACAUAACACCCACUACUUUUGUAAAUUACGUUCAAGCCUUGUAAGUAAAUAAAAAUUGUACAUUUGAGUUUUGUGUUUUUGUUUUUUCCUUUUAUUUGUCCAGAUUAAUAAUGCAAAUAAUAUAAAAGCUAACAGGUCCUGUUAGAUAAAGGAUGUAAAGUUUACAACUGGCAUAGGGUACAAAAUGCUCAUUAAUCAUGCCUGCUGGAUUUAAAUAUUAAUCUUGUCCUAAGCAUAAACUGGUGUAAUUAUUUAUGAGAGAUUUACAGAAUUGGUGAAUGCAGCAUAUAAAUAGAUUAAAGGGCUGAACAUUCAAUAAGACAGCAGUUUUAGCAGUGUCACCUGUAGCCAUUCACAAAAAGUAAAAUGUAUUUGUUGUUGCAUGAUUUAUAAAAUCUUAUUCAUUCACACAUUUAUUGUUAAGAAGAAUUUGGGUACUAGAUAGACUGCCCUCAGUUCCAGCUGUUUCUCCACACUACUCCCCAGCCAGUGAGGUGGGCAUCAGGUAAUAUGGCCUCUGGUGUACCCCUUAUAUGAGAAAAGCAUUUCAUAUCUCCAUGAGAGCUUGGGUCCCUCUCUCUGUGACCAGAAGCGUUUCUGUCUGGUAUUUUUGUGGGACAAUAAGCAAAUUUGAUAAUAUAAGUGAGCUUGAUCAUAUCUGCCACAUGUUGGGUGGACAGGGUUGCUUGUGUACUCAGUGAAACUAGUUUCACAGCAAUCAGUUGUAUGGCCUGAUUUGGUAUUAAAGAGGUUAUGGGAACUAGUACCAUGAUGUGUGCAAGGAUGAUGUACAUGCUCCUUGGUCUGGGCACUUGAAAGCCAAUUGUCCAAUUCCAGCAGCCUUUGAGAGUCCUGGGUAAAUGGAGGCACUCAAAUACCUGCUAGGGAUCUAUGAGGACCUUUGUGUCUCUUUCCAUAUUAGGGCUUGAAUAAGAGUGAUGAUGGAGCUGAUCAGCCAGGUUUUGGCAAUAUGAUGGUUCCAUGUAGCUGAUUCAUUUG